UUUGACUUGCCUGGGAAAGUUGUGCUAAAAGGCACAAAAGAACCGAGGACUUUAAGAACAUCCCACCACGGUGCGCCUACUUCACAAACUCACAUUGUUCUCUCCGCGCAGAGCGCGAUCAGACUGUCCAUCUUGAGAGGAGUCGGCAUUUGAUAGAUUGUUGUUCGGCUUUGUGAAGAUAAGAUGGAAUGGAGGAGUUAACGAGACAGAUGGACUUCUCAGGAGGCUUGUCAGAAGAAAAUGUUGUCACAGAAACUAUAACUUCCACGACCAGACUGACUUCUCUGCCACCAAAGGGAACCAGCGGAUCAAAUCACAGGAAUAUGUCCAGCAGUGCUGGAGGGCUGAGCUUGGAGAAGAAUGUCUUAACCCUGAACAGUGGAACUUAUUUCAGUUCAUCCUCUGUAGGUGUUAAUACCAGCAACUACAGCUCCUCCUCAGGAGUUUACCUUGGUGGAGACUCCUCAGGAGGAGGUGAUGGAGGGGGGAGCUACAUAGAUGGAGAAAGCUAUGGAAGCGGAGGCGUUGUUGGCAGCAGUGGUUCUGGAGGUGGCAGUUAUCACGUGAGCUCGGUGUCAAAGGUCAGGACCAGCUCGUCUGGUGGGGCCAGGAGAACGCAGGCUACCGGCUCAUCACGAGGCCUGUCGCCAGCUUUCCGGGAGAGGAAGACCAUAAGCAGUCGCUCAGGAGGUUACGACGGAAGUUCCAGUGCAAAUUCCUCUCCAGAAUUUACACGCAAAGAUUAUGGCAACUAUUGCUCCAGUGCCACGCGAGGGAGGAGUGAAAGCAGAGAGAGCGAGAUCAGAGCCAGAUUACAAAGUGCCUCCCCCUCAGCUUCCAGAUGGACGGAGUUGGACGACGUGAAGAAGCUACUGAAGGGUCGCUCUAGCAGUGUCAGCCCCACUCGCUCCUCCACCACUCUGCCUGUUCCCAAGAAGGCCGGCGUGGAAACCAAGACUGUCUCUGUGGCCUCUCAGUCGGUGUCAACUUCGUUUGGCUCUGGUGUGACGUCAGCUGGAUUCAACACCAUUGAUGCAUCUGGCGUGUAUGAUAAUGGGCAGUUUGAUACUGGUGUGAAAACAGGUCAAUAUGAUAUCAGUGUGAAAUCAGGGCAUCUGAGUUCAGGACAGUACGGUACUGGUGUAAAAUCAAGCCAGUAUGAUGCUAGUGUGAGUUCAGGACAGUACGGAACUGGUGUAAAAUCAAGCCAGUAUGAUGCUAGUCUGAAAUCAGAGCAGUACAGUGCCGGGGUGAGAUCCGGCCAGUAUGACACUUCCACGCUGGAUGCUCUCCUUCCAUCUUUCUCCUGGUCCACCGCCACCCUGCCCUCCUCCUCCACCACGGUGGUCACUGGCAACGCCAGCAGCUACACGUACCAGGCGGGCAACAACAACAUGGGAGGAUCCUCACCCCUCAGCGCCACCUCACCCUCGUCGCUGUCAGUUUAUGGCUUUCAGAAUAAUCUGGCGCCCACCUCUGGCAGUGUCCUCACCACCAAUGGCGCUAACGUCAAUGCUCAUUUGGGAGGUUAUGGAGUUCAGAAGAAUGUGUCAAACGGUGGUGGUGUUGUCAGCACUGGAGUCUCUACAACCACUAGAUCCCAAACUGAAGAUGCAUAUAAGAAAGAUUAUAAGUUCCUGAUCUCUGAAAAGGAGAACGUUCCAGCCAGAAGAGAUGCAGAGAUACUCAUUUUGGCCAAAGACAGUGGCAAGCAGUUCACCACCACUGGCAGCAGCGUUCAUUUAGGAGGAGGCUCACUUUCAGGAGACUCCAUAAAAAAAGAGAAGCUUAUUUCAAGCUAUAGUGAGACGGCGCCACUGAAGACAGAGAGCGGCAACACUUACUAUGGGUCGUCUGGAGUUGUAAUGAAAGACAAAGCCACCUAUGCAGAGAUUCACAGGGACAGCGGCAUCUUUGGAGGAGGAGGAUUUUGCUGCUGCUCUGACGCAUGCUGCUCCUGGUGGAAAUGGCUGCUGGGUCUUCUCCUUCUCUCCUUGCUCCUGCUGGGACUCCUCUUUGGGCUCAUUGCAUUAGCUGAGGAUGUGAGAAAGCUGAAGAAUCGAGUGGCUACUUUGGAGGCUGCAUCCUCAGCCGCUACUGCUCAGACCAGUCGUCUGUCAGGUACCAAUGACAUCAACGCCUAUGUGGAUGGUGCAGGUGGCAGCCGCACUGACAUACACCUAGCUGCUGGAGGAGGCUCAGGCUCUGGUACCGGAACACGAAUCAGAGUUGGUGGUGCCGGUGGCUCCCACAGUGGAGGUGGAAAUGCCAUUGACAUCGGCACUGGAAGUAGCUCUGGGGCUGCCGGUGGUGCCACUGGGGCCGGUGGUGCCAGCAGUGCCAGUGGGACCAUUGGAGUCAGUGCUGGAGGUGCUGGCACCAGCUUCAGUGGUGGCACUAGCACUAGUGGCACCAGCUUUAGUGGCAGCACCGGCACUAGUGGCACCAGCUUUAGUGGCACCGCUGGCGGCUCUAGUGGAACCAGCUCAAGUGGUGGCGCUGGCGCUAGUGGCACCAGCUAUGGCACCGGCACUGGUGGCCCCAUCUUCACUGGCCUUGGGACGGGUGUAAGCGGAGGACACAUAGAUCUUGCGGCUCUCCACAUUGCUAUCCAGCACAUGAUGAAAUCUGAAAUGCAGUCACAGGCAUUCAGAGCUUUAAUAGCAUCCUCUGUGCAAGUAGAAAGGGGAUUGCCUGGACUUAAAGGGGACACUGGAGCUAAAGGAGAUCCUGGUUUCCCUGGACAGCCAGGUCCUCCUGGUUCGAUUGGCCACCCAGGUAUUGAUGGUCAGAAAGGACAGAAAGGAAGCCAAGGUGAUCAUGGCCCGGAGGGGCAACAAGGUAUCAGGGGUCGUGAGGGCCCUGCUGGCCCCAGAGGUGAGCCAGGACAUGCAAGUUUUGGAAUAAAAGGUGACAGAGGAGAUUCUGGGUCGCCUGGACCAAAAGGUGAACCUGGAACUCAUGGUCUUUCUGGACCACCAGGUCAACCAGGUCCUCAAGGUUUCCGUGGAGAGGCAGGGCUACCAGGGGCUAAAGGCGACAGAGGACUUGCUGGAUUUCAAGGACUUAAAGGUGAAUCUGGUGAAAGAGGUCUUAGAGGUCUGCAAGGUGAAGCUGGUUUACCAGGUCUGUCUGGCCCAGCUGGAGAGAAAGGAUCCAAAGGAGCGAUGGGGCUGUCUGGACAAGAUGGUGCAAAAGGCUCAAGAGGUGACCAAGGACAUGCUGGACCCCCUGGACUUAGAGGUCCUGCUGGGCCUCCUGGAGAUGCUGGACUUCCAGGAACACCUGGGCUUCAAGGACCACCAGGAAUACCAGGGAAUCCAGGACAGCCAGGGGCCAAAGGUGAAAUGGGUCAACAAGGGAAAAUCAUUAAUGCAGCUGGCUCCGCCUCUGUGGGUAUCCCAGGACCUCCUGGGCCUUCUGGACCUCCCGGCCCUGCCGGACAUCCAGGAUUAUCAGGUCCUAUUGGUCCUGCUGGUCUGCCUGGCCAACCUGGUCCUAAAGGUGACAGGGGAUACAAGGGAGAGCAGGGAGAAGCAGGAAUAACAGUGAGAACGUCUGAUUCUGUAAGCUCAAGCAGAACUGAGAGGCAGUAUGGUGCUGGUGGAGUCUCAGUAAUACCUGGCCCACCAGGUCCGCCUGGACCUCCUGGACGUCCAGGAGAUUCAAGACAAGGACCUCCAGGACCACCUGGUCCUCAAGGUCCUCCAGGUUAUGGAAGACCAGGACCUAAAGGAGACAAAGGAGAUUCAAGCUAUGCAUCUGGCUCUGGAGUGCAUUAUGGACAACCAGGACCACCUGGGCCACCUGGACAGAAGGGAGAAACAGGUUCACCUGGACCAAGAGGGUACCAAGGUUCGCCCGGCACCCCAGGAAGACCAGGAAGCUCAGAGAGAGUGUCAACUUAUGCUGGAGGACAUGGGAUCCAAGGACCACCAGGUCCACCAGGGCCUCCUGGACGUCAAGGACCACAGGGAAUUAAAGGGGACACUGGAGCUCCUGGUUUACCCAGCACUUCACGAGGCUCAAUCUCAGUCACCUCAGGGCCUCCUGGUCCUCCAGGUCCUCCUGGCCCUUCAGGCCCACCUGGCGCAUUCUCCUCUUCUGAGAUGCACCAUUACAUCAAUACCUAUCUAAGCAGAAACAGACAGGCUGGUAUUCCUGGACCUCCAGGUCUACCUGGGCCUCCAGGAAUCCCCGGAACCUUCUCAGGCUCUAUAGAGGACAUCUCCACUCGCAUCAUUGCAUACAUACAACGUUCAGGCUCAAGCUUCGGCACUGGUGUCCAGGGUCCUCCAGGACCACCUGGCCCUCCUGGCCCCGGCUCUGGAUCCCUGACUGUCAACGCUCUCAUUACCAUGCUACAGAGAGAUGAUGUGAGGAGAUAUAUGUCAGGACCGCCAGGGCCACAAGGACCACCAGGACCACCGGGAGCAUCAGGAGGAAUCUCUGGCACUUACAAUAUACAGGAGAUAGCUACUUAUGUCUUCAACAUCAUGAAUGAGAGAGGGAUUGCUAGAGGUCUGCCUGGGCCACCAGGCCCUCCUGGGCCUGCAGGUGCAGGGGGCUCUAGCUAUACUUCUGCUACAAUUGACUACUCUGCAUUGAUAAGAAAUCCAGACUUCCGUUCAUGGAUUUCCUCUGCUGUACAACAUGGUCCUCCCGGUCCUCCAGGUGUUUCAGGGCGUCCUGGCCCUCCUGGCCCCCAGGGGCCACCAGGAGUCUCCACUUCAAUUGUGCAGGGAACGGGAAGUCGCGGGUACAGUUUGGAGGAAAUUCAGCGUCACCUGCAAGGUUCUAGCUUCAGAGGUCUUCCUGGCCCUCCUGGUCCUCCAGGUCCACAGGGUCCACCAGGCAGACAAAGUGGAUCGGUUUCCUACAGUGGGAACUUCCCUCGGGAGUCUAUCCGUGCUGAAGUUCAGGAGUAUCUGACCAGUGACAAUGUUCGUCGUACCAUUAUGGGACCUCCAGGUCCCCAAGGACCUCCAGGUCAGAAAGGAGAUCGUGGAGAGCCAGGUUACUCCCAGAGCUACGUGCAUAGCUCGAGCUACCCUCAGGGUGACCCUCGCUAUGGUUCAGACCGCAAAGACAUUGAUGUCAGCAGGCUCGCUGAGAGACUAGACUACUCCAACGUUGCUUUGAAAGUUACAGACUACAUCAAGAAUCAAGGCCUCCUGCAGGAUUAUCUGGUUGAAGGUCCCUGGAGGUCAAAUGUAAGAGCUAUUCAAGGCCCCACUGGUCCACCUGGCCCUCCUGGACCACCUGGCUACAGCCGUGUCAUUGGAACUUACGGCAACAUCACAGCUGACCUGAUGGACUUCUUCAGAACCCAUGGCACCAUCCCCGGUCCUCCAGGAAUCCCUGGACCAAAGGGAGAGAGAGGGUACCCAGGACCCAGGGGAGAAAAAGGUGAUCCUGGACGCCAGGGUUUAUCAGGACUACCGGGGACAUACACUGUACAAAUUCCACACCGAGUGCAGAAGAGGGAUACCGGCAAUAAAGUGGUUCGUCAUCAGCUGCGUCGCCGUCAAGCUAACAUUGGCUAAAAGGCAACAUACUACUGGAUCAUGUCAGAUUUCAUUUUUACUUUAGUCUUUUUUUUUUCUUAGGUGUUCAACAGUAGCAAUGCAAGUAGUAGAACAUGCUCAUUAUUUUUUCAAUUUGUAGAAAAGGACAAUUUGAGGAAAAAUUGCCAAAAAAAUGCAUCAAACGUCUCUUAAAAACAGCUUUGGUAGAGUAAUGGAUUUAGCUACAGGUGAGGGUUUUUGUGAGAGUCCGGCAUUUUUCACUUUUUAAAAUGUGGGUGUGUAAUGUUUACUUUGCUUAGGUAGAAGCUUACAUUCAAACUUUAUCUGGGGGACAGCUUUGGUUAAGAACAUUUUUGGGCAAUAGCUAGAAAUUGCUGAAAUUUUUAAUUGCACUUUGCAUCUUUUCCCACAGCUUGUGUGACUGCAGAGUCUGGUGUACUUUUUUUGUUUUGUAUUUUUUUUUUUUUGAGGAUUAUAUUGUAUUGAGGACUAUACAAGUGUUAAAUGCUGUUAAUGUUGUAACGUGGUAACCAAUCGAUGUUUCAUGAAAGACUACAAUACUUUAUAAUACUGCCACAUUAUCUUUAUGAAUCAAGCCAUCUUCCAGCCUCUAAAACCCUGGAAAUUAGCCAUUCAAAUUAUAUAACAAAUAUAUUUUUAAACAUAAUAGCAAUGCAUCAUUAUCUGAAGCAGACACUGUCCCAGUCAAGUUGCAGGUCAUUUGUGCAGCAGGAGGAUUGGGGUUAGGUGUGUAUGAUGCUGCAUUCAGGACUGAUGAUUUACUUGAAAGGUUUGUUGGUUAAAAAAGAAAAAUUAGGUUGUUUGCAGGGUUGUGAGACAGGGACUCAGAUAAUCUCUAAGGAAUGACUGAUUGGAUUGUAUAUUUUUGUAUGACAGCACACUGAAAUUCAUAUAUUUUCUUUUUAAGUGUUGGAAAGAUUAAAUUAUAAAUUGUUCCCAGAUUGUUUUACAUUCAUGAAUUUAUUGACAUUUGACAUUCAAUAUAUUUGACAGACACACAAAUAAAUCUAUUUUUGGACUUGUGAGUCUUGAUAUUUGUGUGACUAAAUUGAUCUCAAAAUGAUUUCACUCAAGGUUUGGUCCAAAUAAACAGUCAAUAUUUUAUUUACAACAAAAAUGUCCAUUUAUAAAGACACUAAACACAUUUGAUCUGACAUCAAAAAUGCAUAUACUAAGAAUAUUUGUUGUGGUAGAAUGACAACUCGUCAAACACAUCAAAAUGCUGUAACUUAAAAUAAAAAAAUAUUUGAAAUCUAUGGGCCACAUGGUGUCAUUCACAAGACACAGCCUCCAAUAACCCCAAUAAAAAUCCAGCAUUCAUGACAAAACACCAUGUUAAUGUUCAUGUCAGUAUAUAGAGAACUAAUAACAUGCAUUGAUGAUAUGCAGUGGCAAAAUAAAUGAAUCAGGUAUUGUUCUCUUGAAAUGGGUCUCUUUUUGUGCGCCGUCAGUACUCAUAAAAUGCAGUGAAGAACAUCUCUUCACAUUAUGAAAUACAGUUAAGGAGUUACAGAUUCAGCAUAUUACCUCUCAUACAACACUGGUCUCAAAAAGAGCCAAAGCUCAUCACGAAGAGCGAUUACAGCAUCAAUAUAUCAGGAAUACAUGUUUAGAAAACUAGCUGUGGUCAUAAAAUAUGGGCUUAUUUGAAAAAGAAAAAAAAAGAAGGUAAAAUCAGAA